AUGCAGCAGCCCACUGCCACCAUGGCUGCACCCUUACCUUUUGGCCGUCGCCCUUCCGGCUCAUUCCCAUCCGACUUCCCCGGCGGCGCUGAUCUACGCCACAAUGCGGCCCAAUCCUACACUGCGGGUCACCAACACCAUCAACACAAUCCAUUCCCGCAUCAGUCCGCCGACCACUCUGCCAAUUAUCAACAUACAUCUGGCCGCGCUCCUUUCGACCAGCAGUUUGGUUACGAUGCUGCAAGUGGCUCCAACGUCCCUUCGUGGUUCUACAGCACCCCUGCCAAUCCUCCAACCCACAGUGUAUCUGAAGCUGGUACGCCUUAUCAACUAGACUCGUUUUCUCAGCAUGCGUCCGCCGCGGUACCUAGCAAUCCUUCCGGCUCUUCGAUACCAGCCUUACCUUCCAGCACUCACGUUCAUGGCCCUGUGUCGGCAACUUCAAACAUCAAUUUUCCCUCCAAAUCAACUCCCUUCAGCCCAAGCACUGUCGCUCCUUUCAUUAUCGGCACUUCCCGCCGCACUCAUCCACCUUCAGCACCAAACGCUUCUCAUAGCAUUGCCGCCGCUGCGCCAGCCUCGCUGAGUGAUAGACAUUCUAGCGACGAGAAUACCUCCGGAUCUGCGACCAACUUCCCCUUGUCGGCAGUAGGAAGUGCUGUGGGUGCAUUGCCGUUGCAGGGACACGUUCAUUCGGCACCAGAGUCUGCCGGAUUCAACGGUUCCAUCUCGCCCAACUCGUCUGCGCGCAUGUCUGGCAGUCCCGAGGCUAACAACGCCUCUCAAAUCUACCCGGCUUACACAACGGCAGCAGCGCUCCCUCCUGGUGGCAUGGUAAUGGGCGCACCGGCGUCCGCUUCUAUGCUCGAAUCCAUAGGACCUUGGCUUGCUCCUGCCCAGACAGCACCUGCCAACGUCAUUUCAUUGAACACUGGGCUUCAGGCUUCUGCCUCGAUGUCAGGUGCAUCCAAACCUACUCCUGGCAUUGCGUGCAACAUGAAGUCCGUCGACUUACCCGCAGCAGGUGGUCCCACAUCCUCUUCGCGCGCCUCUGCUGGCAACACCUUCCAUUCUGGUUCCUCCUCUAACGACUCCUCUUCAGUGCCCUUCAAGACCAGUAUUGAGAGGCGCGAACGUAACAAGGCUUCUCAGCGCGAAUCGCGGAAACGUAAACAGGACCGGCUCGAGACGCUCGAGACCGAGAACGUAGCACUCAGGAAGGCCCUCGCCGACAUGAAGAAGUUCAGUCACGCCCCUUCCAAUGGUGCCGGUAUUCGCGGCGAGGAUGGUGCCGAGGUUGCGCCUCUGCAGCUCACCAAGUUCACUGGCGCCUUCCAUCUCGAUCUUAUUGAGUCGCACCUGGAUGACGAGACAGCUGAGGCUGAAUGGAACUGUAUGAUUGGGCAUCGCUUCCCUGCCCAGACCUCGCACGCCCAAGAUUGGGACGGUUCCAUCCCGGGUAUUGCAUCGUCAACAUCAGACUCGGACGAAGAAAACGGCUGCGAGGAUGACCACAGUCAACCUCGAGAUGGUACAACACGUCGCUCGGCUUCGGUCAAAGACGAGGCGGACACCUCGAGCCCGGACAAGAGGAAAGCUAACUCCGAGUCGUCGCAGACAUCAUCGCAACAGGCUAAAAAGGCCAUGUGGGAGAUCUCGCUCAAUCAGAAGCGUCAGAAGGCAGCGCAAAGUUUCCCUUCUAUGGUCGCAGUGCCUGAACUGGUGCUGUACAAGGUAUGCCGUCUCUACUUCAGUACGCUGCUGCCCUUCACCACCAAACUCAAGUCGGGCAUCAUCAACCUUCGAGCCGCUCGCCAGAAACCGGGCUUCAUCGGAGGCUUUGACGAUUUCCCUCGCUUCCCCGGAGAUUCUUCGUCUGGCGCUACCGAGCUGUACUUGCCCAAGAACCUGAUGCCCACUGAGAUGCAGAUGCGCAUUGGCUUUCAUCCGGUGGAAAUUGCCGUGCUGCCCUAUCCAGCAAUGCGUGACCGCGUUCUCACCAUCCUCAGUGCUUUCCAAGCAAUUGAGGAGCUGGCGCAGGAAGAGGAGGAUGCCGCCAGGUUUUCGGAACAACACGCGUCUUCAGAUAACACCGAACAACAGGAGCAGCAGCAAGGACAGCAACAGCAACAGCAACAGCAACAGCAGUCGCAGCAGUAUCAACCCAGUAGCAACGACCAGGACACCGAGCUGACCGACGCGGACAUUCACCAACGCACUGCCAUGGUUGCCGACAUGUCUGCCUGGAAACCCAAGGACUUCUCUGGCGCAGUUGUCAUGCCGGACAAGGGUCGCGUUUAUUCAUAUGGCUUCCUCGAGAAGCCAAGAGGGUCUCAUCGCUUGCGCAAGCCUGCACAACGUUGGUUGGAUGACUUCUUCUAUGAAGUGGUGAAAACGCUGCGAGUAUGGUCGCCCGCAGGCGACGUAUUCGACGGCGAGUGCUUCGAGUUUAAGGAGAGCUUCUUCCGCAAAUACCCUUACAUGGUGGAUGGCGAAAUCCUGCGUGCUACCAACCGAUGGAGAAGGGCCCGUGGCGAAGAUCCUAUCCGUCUGUGA